AUGAAAGGUGAUUGCGAACUACGAAGAAAUGGAAAAAUACGACGCAUGACAUUGCUUCAUGUUGUCUCUUCUCUUUUCUAUUAUUCGAGGAAAACUUCUAAAGUUCAUAGCCCGAGAGUUUUCUUUACAAUUCCUACAGUAUUGAGAAAAAGUCAUGCUCGAGCACAUUUUAGAGCACAUUCUUCAUUCAUCGCAGAGUUCAAUAAUUCAAAAAAUUUAGAAGAAAAAUCUUAG